AUACCAGAGGAACAGAGACAAAAAAAAAAGAGAGCAUACAUUUGUUUUCCCUAAUAAGGUCCAAAAGUCCAAAACCCAUCAAAGGAGAAAGAAGGAAAGUAAGAAACUUGAGACAACGUCAUCAAAAAUUAGUUCUCUUUUCACUUCACUGUCCUUGGCUUCAUCUACCGUCUAUAGAAUUCUCAAAAAGGGUUUGUUUCAUAAAAAAUCAGCCAAAAAGAAGAAACCCAAGAGCUAGAAGAUCAACCAGAAGCAGAAUAAUGAAGACUAUCCCUUUAAUUCUAAUGGGCUGUGGAGGUGUUGGAAGCCAACUUCUCCAGCACAUUGUGUCCUGCAGAUCCCUUCACGCCAAACUCGGAGUUCAUUUACGAGUUGUGGGAGUGUCCGAUAGUAAAUCACUAGUUGUUGCAUCAGAUGCUAAACAAAAGGAAUUGGACGAUAACCUUUUAACUGAAGUUUGUAGGGUCAAAUCAGAUGGUUCUUCCUUGUCAAAGCUUAAUGGCGUAGGUGAGUGUCAAACGUUCUCCAAUUCAGAAUCAAGAACGGAAGUGCUAGGCAUUGCAUCGCUUCUUGGAAAAUCAACAGGUUUAGUCCUUGUAGAUUGCUCAGCCAGUUCCGAAACUGUUGGAGUGCUAAAGCAAGGGGUUGACAUGGGUUGUUGCAUUGUUCUGGCAAAUAAAAAGCCUCUUACAUCCACACUGGAGGAUUAUGACAAAUUGGUUUCACAUCGUCGCUUCAUACGGCAUGAGUCAACUGUUGGUGCUGGGCUUCCUGUCAUGUCAUCAAUAAAUCGCUUGAUUUCAUCUGGAGACCCCAUCCAUCGUAUUGUUGGAAGUUUGAGCGGUACAUUGGGUUAUGUAAUGAGUGAGGUUGAAGAUGGCAAGCCAUUGAGCCAAGUUGUUAAAUCUGCUAAAAGCUUGGGAUACACUGAACCAGAUCCACGAGAUGACCUCAGUGGGAUGGAUGUUUCCAGGAAGGCUUUGAUCCUUGCCCGACUUCUUGGGAGGUGUAUUGAGUUAAGUAGCAUAAGGCAUGACACUGUAGGUUGUCCAAUUUUUGAGAUAAGGAAUAGACAUCGACGUUGCACUCAGAACAGUAUGCAUACUUCAUCUUGCCUUUUGCUAACGUUGAGCCAGGUCAUGAUGAAGAUUGAGAGCUUGUAUCCUGAAGAAAUGGGACCUAGUAAGAUGUCUGUUGAAGACUUUUUGAAUGGUGGGCUUGUAAAGCUUGAUAACAAUAUUGAAGAGAGAGUUAGAAACGCUUCACUCAAUGGGAAUGUGCUCCGUUAUGUCUGUGUGAUAGAAGGCACAAGGUGUGAAGUUGGAAUUCAAGAACUUACUAAGAAUUCUGCUUUGGGAAGAUUGAAAGGAAGUGACAAUGUGCUAGAAAUAUAUACCCGAUGCUAUAGUGAACAGCCAUUAGUUAUUCAAGGCGCAGGAGCCGGGAAUGAUACUACUGCAGCAGGUGUGCUUGCUGAUAUCCUCGACAUUCAGGAUCUAUUUCCCUGAAAGAAAUUGGGGACAUCAGCUUGAGAAGAAUCAGGACUUGAGUUGCCGUGUAUUUCACCUACAAUAUGAAGCAAAGAGAUGCAAAGUUUUUGAAUGUCGAAUAAUUUAGCUAUCCAUAUGUUUCUGGAAAGAAAUCUUGUACUAGAGAUUGUGAACAUGCGGGUAUUUGAGCUGAUUGGUAUAAGCCUUUGCUAUAUGCACCUGCAGCAAAUGUUGGAAAGAAACAAAUCAUACUGAUACAUGAAUGGAAGUCGGUAACUUCAGAUCUGCA